AUGGGUGACUUCAAUGCGAUUAGAGGUCCGAAUGAGAAACUAGGAGGGGUGUCAUGGGGAGAUACGUAUUGUGAUGACUUAAAUAAGUGUUGUGGAGAGGCAAAUCUAGAUGAUCUUCGGUAUAUGGGAAAUCAGCUCACUUGGAGUAAUUGUAGUAAAGGGCAAAGGAGGAUAGCAUGUAAGUUGGAUAGAGCACUUGUGAACGAACAUUGGAAAGAUGUUUUUACGGAAUCUUUAGCCAUGUUUCUCAACCCUUCUAUUUCAGAUCAUUCCCCAUGUAUUGUGACUUGUGGGCGCUGUGAAAAGAGAAGGAAGGUCCCUUUUAAAUUCUACAACAUGUGGGCAAAUCAUAAAAGCUUCCUUAGUAUUGUGAAGGAGGUUUGGAAAGGGGACAUUGAAGGUAGCCCUAUGUUUAAUCUCAUCAACAAACUUAAAAGAUUAAAAGGUGAGUUAAGAAGGCUAAAUAGGGAUGGUUUUUGGAGAAUUUUAGAGAAGGUGGUAGAAGCAAAAGAUAAGCUAGAGGAUGUUCAGAAUAGGCUCCAAAGCAACCCUCAUGAUGAAGACUUAGCAAAGGAAGAAAAGGCUUGGUUGGAGAAUUACUCAAGACUUAGUGGAGCUGAAGAAUCCUUGGCUCACCAAAAAGCAAAGGAAUUUGUAAGCUGCUUCAAGAAGGUCCUCAACUCCACGGAUUCAUGCAAUUCUAAUAUUGAGGAAAUUCAAUGCCUGGUAACUUUCCGAAUGGAGUAUCAAGAUAAGGAGAACAUGAUUAAGGAUGUGGAGGAGGAUGAAAUCAAAACCAUUAUCUUUGCCAUGGACAACAACAAAGCUCCGGGCCAGAUGGAUAUGGUGCAUUCUUUUUUAAGGCAGCUUGGGAGAUUGUUAGAAGUGAUGUGGUUAAAGCUAUUAAGCAUUUCUUCUCCUUGGGUCAUCUACUUAAAGAGGUAA